AUGAGUGACAAUGGAAAUGAACCACCUGUCAAGAAAAGGUCACUUAGCAGUUACCUUUCUAACAUGAGCAGUAGACGUCAAGAGUUGGAGCAAAUUGCCAUUGAUCAGAAGAUAAAGGAAGAAGAGGAUCAGGUUCGUAUGGAAAAGGAGCAACAACGAUUAGAAAGAGAGAAAUUAGAAAGAGAGAGAUUAGAGAAGGAGAGAUUGGAGAAGGAAAAAUUAGAGAAAGAAAGACUGGAAAAGGAAGAUUUGAAGAAUGAACCACUGGAAAAAGAAUCUAGGGAAUAUGAUAAACAAGAACACAAAAUAUACACACAAGAAGCUACCAGUGACGAAAAAUUAAAUGCCAAUAUAACCAAAGAGAACUUACAUAAUGACAUCAAGACAGAAGAUAAAGAAGAGUCACCUGUAAACAUUAACAAAGAUAAUAUAACUUCCGAUUUAACUGAUAUAAAUCAUUAUAGUAGCAUAAAUGAAAACGACACUUCUACCAAUGUUAAUCUUGGAUCAAUUCUCAGGGUAGACUUAAAGAAUAUAUUAGUGGAACCGAAAAAGAACUCAUUUUCUGACAGUGAUAAUGACGAUGGGGAUAAUAAUGAUUUAGAUGAUUUUGUUGUUUCUGAUGAUGAAAUACUAAGUGAUGCACCAACUGAACCAGAGCCCCUUCCGAAAGCAAAAUUAACAAGACUGGUAAGAUCAGAUCAAGUAUCUAAUAGAAAAUCCAAUUCUCGUAAGAAGUCAAAUGAGAACACUGACUCAGAUUUAUCUGAUAUCGAAGAUAAUAAAUACAAUGUAUUAUCUAGCAGUGUAUUUGCAGAUGAAUCGUUUACAGCAAAGGAUGGAAUUCGCAUGAUUCAUUCCUCACCUUCUAAAUUGAAACGUGAACAAAAAUUCAUUAGAACAAAAGCAGAAGUGUCUUCUUCCUCGACACCUUCAUUAAAAGUUAGAAAACCAAAAAAAAGCAUUUAUCGAGAUGCUGGUGGAAGAUCGAAAUUACAAAUAGCAUGUGAUAAGGGGAAGUUUGAAAUAGUUAAAAGAUUAUUAGAGGAAGGUGAAAUUGAUGUAAAUGAUCAAGAUAAUGCAGGUAACUCUUCACUUCAUGAGGCUGCCCUGAACGGGUACAUAGACUGUGUGAAACUUCUUGUCAAAUAUGGUGCUAAUGUGAAUUUAAUCUCUUAUGAGAUGUUCAGAGAUACACCAUUAAUUGAUGCAGCUGCAAAUGGGCAUCUGGAUGUAGUUAAAUUUUUGUUAGAGAAAGGAGCCGAUCCAACAGUUGUAAAUGCGAAAGGAUUAAAUGCAUAUCAAUCCAUUGAAGAGGAAGAGGACUACAGCAGUGAUGUUAUAAAUGAUAUAAUGCAAAUAAAAGCAUGUCUAAUGGAAGCAAGUGAUAAGUGGGAUAGGAAGAAGGGAUCCAUGACUGCUACUCCUGAACCAGAUCAUGUAAAAAAUAACGAGAAGAACAAUGACGAAAAUAUAAUGGAAGAUGAAUUUCAUUGGACAAAUAUCACCUCUAAAAGUGGCAGAGAAAAACUUCUAAAGGCCUCAAGAAACGGUAAUUUAACCUAUGUAGGUUUAUUUCUUGAAAACGGUGGCAGAGUGGAUUUUAAAUCAUUUAUUGAAUCCAUACGGUAUGGCCACGAAGACAUCACUAGUUUAUAUUUAGCAUUUGGUGCACAUGUAAAUUCUAGUUUACCAGAUGGUACCACUCCAUUAAUGGCUGCUGUUGGCAGAGGUCAUAUAAACAUCGUUAAACUUCUUCUAGAGGCAGGAGCGGAUAAGACUAAAAAGGACAAGAAAGGAAAAACUGCAUUUUAUUAUGCCAUUAAUAAUAUACAUGGGACACCAGACACAAAUGAAUUGAAAUUGGUUGGUUCUUCUGAGGAGCUUGAGAUGUUUAACUCAGGCCAGCUGAAACCCGAUGUUGUUAAAUAUAUCGUUGACAAAGGCGACGAUACCAAGGUUGAUAACUCUACAAGAGGAAAACAUCAGAGAUCUGAUGUUGAGUUUAGUGAAAGUGAUCAAGAUGAAUCCAAUCGUAAUAAAAAAAUAGCGAAGAUAGAAGUACCCAAAACCGAAGAACAAUUGCUAGAAGAAAAAGCAGAAAGAAAGAGACAAGAAGAAGAGGAACUAAGGCUAGAGAAAUUGAGAGUAGAGGAAGAACGACUUGCCAGAAAGAGGAAAGAGGAGGAGGAGGAAGAGGAUAGAAAAAGGAGAGAAAUAGAAGCAGAGGAGAAGCAAAAGAGGAAAGAACAAGAGGAGAAAGAGGAAAGAAUCAGGAAAGCGGAGGAAGAAAUUAGAAUGAAGAAGCAAAAAGAGGAAGAAGAAGCUAGGGCUGAAAAAUUAAAGAGAGAGGAAGAGGAGUAUAGAGUGAAAAUGUUACAACAAAAGAAAAAGAGAGAACAAGAGUUAUUACAAAAACUUGCCGAGGAUGAACUGAAAAGGGAGGCAGAGAAAGAGAAACAUAAAUUGGAAGAAGAUAAGAGAAUAAAAGAACUCGAACUGCAGAAAGAACGAGAACUAAUUAAGAAACAAGAAGAAAUAGAAAUCAACCAUAGACGCCAAGUCAGAGCUCUCUAUCCGAUUGGAUUGAAACUAAUCAAUUUUCAAAGUGAUGGUAUCUUAAGUAUAUCGAAACUAGCAAACUGUCUGCCAAUAUAUUAUAUUACUAAUGUAGAUGAUGGGCUUAAAUAUGUUUUAAAUUUACAAAUGCUACUAGUUCUCCAAGACAAAGUAUUUGGUGAUGUGGAGUCAGAUAUUAACCAAUCCAGUACUUCCAUUGAUAUUACUAAUUCUAAUAAGAAGUUGCAAGUAUGGAAUAUCUUUAGCUUCUUGUUUUUAUUUGGAGGUAACAAUAACCGUAAGAAAAUUGACCUUGGAUCAAUUAGUUUGAAUUCAAGGAUUGUAUUUGAAAAGAAAGAAUUUAUAAAGUUCUCAUUGUUACCAUUGAGAUGGAUCCGUUGGGAAGAGAUAGAUUUCCAGAAAUACGAAGGAAAGUAUGAAAGCGAAAAUGGCAAGACGUUGACUGAGACAUUGGAAGAUAGUAUGAUCGAAAUCGAACUUACAGGACCUUUCAUCACAACAAAGGAGAAAAUUGCAGAUGACAGUGCUGUUAGAGAAGCCACCCAUAAGCAUGCACCAUUGCAACUUAACAUCGACGAGAUGCCAACCAAGUUCCAGAACAGAAACGACGUGGCUAGCCUAGUCUCUCAAUUAACAGUCGCCAGACCACUAUGGUGA